GCCGGGCAGCCUUGGGCCCAGAGCCCGGCAGGGGCGUGUCCCCGCGCUCACCUGCCAUUGGGCAGGUGGGGCUGCGGCCGGGGGCAGGCGCCCUACAAUAAAUGCGGAGCGGGUGGCCGCGAAGCUAGGCGCGUCGCAGGAUGGUGGACAGCGUGUACCGGACCCGCUCCCUGGGGGUAGCGGCUGAAGGGCUCCCGGACCAGUACGCGGACGGAGAGGCGGCGCGCGUGUGGCAGCUCUACAUCGGGGACACCCGCAGUCGCACGGCCGAGUACAAGGCCUGGCUGCUCGAGCUGCUGCGCCAGCACGGCUGCCAGCGGGUGCUCGACGUGGCCUGCGGCACCGGGGUGGAUUCUAUCAUGCUGGUGGAAGAGGGCUUCAGUGUGACAAGCGUGGAUGCCAGUGACAAAAUGCUGAAGUAUGCACUUAAAGAGCGCUGGAACCGGCGGCACGAACCCACCUUUGACAAGUGGGUCAUUGAAGAAGCCAACUGGAUGACUCUGGACAAAGAUGUGCCCCAGCCACCAGCAGGUGGCUUUGAUGCUGUCAUCUGCCUUGGAAACAGUUUUGCCCACUUGCCAGACUGCAAAGGGGACCAGAGUGAGCACCGGCUGGCACUGAAGAACAUUGCAAGUAUGGUACGGUCAGGGGGCCUGCUGGUCAUCGAUCAUCGCAACUAUGACCACAUCCUCAGCACAGGGUGUGCACCCCCAGGAAAGAACAUCUACUAUAAGAGUGACUUGACCAAGGACAUCACGACAUCAGUGCUGACAGUGAACAACAAGGCCCACAUGGUGACUUUGGACUACACAGUGCAGGUGCCCAGGGCUGGCCAGAACGGUUCUCCUGGCUUGAGAGUUGCUCCGAGCAGCCUUUGGGGGCAAGUGCCAGCACAGCGUCUUGGGCGACUUCAAGCCUUACAAUCCAGGCCAAGCCUACAUUCCCUGCUAUUUCAUCCACGUGCUCAAGAGGAUGGACUGAACAUGCCUCAGCCCCCACAACCCUCUGCCCUGGCACUGCCAGCUCUGGGGGGGGGGGUGGCACCGGCAGCCCCACACCAAGCCCAGCCCCCAGUGCAGAUCCCCACAAAGCUGGGGUGCAGGGAUUGGGUCUAGGCAAAUGGAGGGUAAACAAUAUAGUCUGUGCCUUUAUCAGUU